CAGCGUUGCUACAGGAACAGCAGCAGUGACGUCAUGACGCAGGACGUCACGCAGUAGGCCCGUGUCACGUGACCGGUAUUGCGAGGAAGCCAGUCCGUCAGAAAGAUCCUGCUGAGAUGAAUCGAAUAAUUACCAGCACUGUGUUUGCGUUUGUAAGCCUUUUAUCAGGUGUUUUGGGCGACAGCUUGACUGUUCUGCGCAGCCCGUCAUAUGUGACAUUCCAGGAUGGACAAUGGCCCAUCUCAGGAGAAAAGGUCCCUGAUUUGGUCUCCCUGACCAUGGGCUUCUCCGUCCGUGAGGAUCUCGAUUGGCCAGGUCUGGCUGCCGGCUCGCUCUUCCAACGCCCGCGUGCAAACGCUCUGAUUGUCGUGCGCGGCGUUGACACCCUUGACUUUCCGAAAAACAUUUCCUCCUACCCUCUCGAAAAUCCGGUUCCGUUCACUCUGGACAACGUGGCAAACACGGUGCACACUCUGUUCGCUGACAGCACCCCUGUGGUCCUGCAGCUCGCCCCCAGUGAGGAGAGGCUGUAUAUGAUGGGGAUGGCCAACACUGUUUUUGAGGACCUGCCCGUGACCCUGCAACAGAUCCGUGGACGCCUGUCCCAGGACGGAUCUGUCCUCACGUCGCUUCCUCUCAUCUCCCUCAGCCGUAAUAAUGAGGCUGAUCUUCUGUUCCUGUCUGAGGUUCAGGUGCUGUAUGACAUUUCAGCUCUGUUGCAGAAACACAAGCAUCUGGCUAAAGACCCGGCUCCUGACCUGUACUCUCUAGAGCUCGCGGGGCUGGAGGAGAUCGUCCGGCGGUAUGGCACAGACUCUCCUCAGUUCGCAGACGCUAUCAGGAUCCUGACAUCCGCUCUGCAGAAGUUCGCAGACGAUGUCUCCAACGUCUACUCAAACAACGCGGUUGUAGAAGUGGUGACGGUGAAGACAUUUGAAGCCCCUCUGACCAGGAAGUCCCGCUCCAUCCUUCAGAUCAGUAACCAGGGCAGCCUCUACAACCUGGCCUACAAGUACGACUACGAUUACGCCGUGGUCUUUAACAUUGUCCUAUGGCUGAUGAUCGUGUUAGCUUUAGCCGUCAUCGUGAUCUCGUACAACCUCUGGAACAUGGAUCCUGGGUAUGACAGCAUCAUCUACAGGAUGACCAAUCAGAAGAUCCGACUGGACUGAUGACAUCACUCCCACACCCCACUACAUUUUGUGUUUUGUAUUUGAGUGCAUUUGAAGGUGUUUUAAUUUUGAUGUGGGUACCACAGAAUUGCUUUUGUAAAUACUUCGCCUUUAUGACGCAAUCAAACACAGAUAUACAGAUUAUUUAUUGAUGCCUGUUGAUAGAUGGACCAAGAAUAUUUGUUUGUGAUCUUUCUUAAUUGCUGUAUCUUGUAGAUUUGCAUAAUGUGAAUCUAUUAAAGAGGAAAAUCUGAUGUUAGGAUGUAAAGAAUUGAAAUGAAACUCUAUUUAUUGUUUGUUGUUUACGCCACUGUGCUGUUUUCCUUCCCGAAUGCUAGAUAUAGUGUAAUUGUUCCAUUCCCAUGUACAUUUUUUUUCAAUUAAGUAAAUGUCAUUUUCAAUGAAUAUAACAAUAUAGAAGAAAAUAAGA